AUGGAGAACACAACGGCCGAGUCGCUCGACAAAACUCCGGUCGAUCAAACAACGUCGACCUCUACAUCCUCCCAACAUGGCGAUGGCGAUGCUGUCAAGGAGACGGAGGCCGCACCGGCAGAUGGCCAAGACGCUCGCGAGUACGUCGAGGGCUUCAAGUUGGCAAUCGUCAUCGCAAGUGUCGCCUUGUCGUGCUUUCUGAUGUUGCUCGACACCAUGAUUAUCAGCACUGCCAUCCCCCGAAUCACUGAUACCUUUAAUUCGCUGCCCGACGUCGGCUGGUACGCCAGCGCAUAUCAGUUUGGAAGUGCCGCGCCUCAGCCUCUGACAGGUAGGAUAUAUCAGCGCUUUCGCACAAAGUGGGUAUUCCUUUCCUUUUUCGCCAUUUUCGAGAUCGGUUCCCUGCUUUGCGCCACCGCGACCUCAUCCAACAUGCUCAUUGUCGGCCGUGCCGUCGCUGGCUUUGGAGCUGCCGGCAUUAUUGUUGGUGCCAUCACCAUCAUCUCUAGCUGUGUCCCUCUCGAGAAGCGUCCUGGACUGCUAGGAAUCACGAUGGGAUUCAACCAGCUUGGACUUGUCGCCGGCCCUCUCGUUGGAGGCGCCUUUACCUCUUACACCACCUGGCGCUGGUGCUUCUACGUCAACCUGCCUGCUGGCGCCUUCGCCGUAGUCGCCAUUUCUCUCCUCCGUAUCCCCGAGCAGACCAAGAAGGACAAGGCCCUAGCGGUCCUCCCCAAGCUGCACAAGUAUCUCGACCUCGUCGGCUUCGUUCUUUUCGCUGCCGCUGUCCUGCAGCUCCUCCUCGCCCUUCAGUACGGCGGCAACCAGUAUGCCUGGAACAACUCCCGCGUCAUCGGCCUCUUCUGCGGCGCCGCAGUCACGGGUAUCGUCUGGUUCUGUUGGAAUAUACACAAGGGUGAUGACGGCCUGCUUCCUCAUUCCAUGCUCAGCCGCACUGCCGUGUGGUCAUCGGGCGUCUACCAAGCGUGCCUCAUGUCUGCCAUCUACGGCGCCGUCUAUUAUCUCCCCAUCUACUUUCAAUCUAUCCACAACACGAGUCCCAUGAUGAGCGGUGUCUAUCUCUUGCCUAUCAUUCUGCCUCAGCUCGCCAUGGCUGCGUCUUCCGGUGCAAUAAUCUCCAAGAUAGGAUACGUCAUCCCGCUGGCAUUAUUUUCGACCGUCUUGGUAUCCAUCGCCACCGGCUUGUACUCAAUUUUGCGACCCGAUAGCCCGAAAGGCGAAUGGAUUGGAUUCAUGAUCAUCGGUGGCCUCGGUUCUGGCGCUGGGCUGCAAGUGGCAUGCGCAGAGCUCGCUUCCGGCAUGGCCUGGAUGGUAUUUGCGCAGUCCCUUGCCCCGUCCAUUGAGCUUUCCCUAGCCAAUGUCAUCUUCAGCAGCAGCCUGAAGUCACAGCUCGCGCUUCACGCGCCGAAUGCGAAUGCCGCCGAAAUUAUACAUGCAGGUGCCACGGGGUUUCGCGCCAUUGUCAACGAGGACGAUCUGCCGGGUAUCCUGCUGGCGUAUGCAAACAGUCUCAAUCGUGUCUUCUACUUGAUUGUCUCCAUAGGCGCUCUGUGUGGAAUAUGGGUUUGGGGUAUGGGAUGGACUGAUAUAAGGAAGAAAACGGCGGCGACGGGGGAUAUGGCUGACAAGGCUGAGAAGGCGGAUGACAAGACAAAUGAGUAA